ACGUUGGUCGUUGGAUAUGGAUUUGGGAUCCCACCCUAUUUUCAUGCCUACCCUAAGUAAAAAAAAAAAAAAAAAAACUUUAAACAGUGCAAUAAAAAAUGUCAAGCUAAGAUAAUCUAAUUUUGCAUCUAGAAUAGAGAUUUUACAGGGUCCACUUUACUUUGGUAGCAAAAGAAGAAGAAAAAAAAACACAUUUUCUCGGGAAAAUUGAAGCUCAAGAAAACUGCAAUAGAACUCUGAUUUGUAUGGCAGGCUCAGAAGGAUUCGUUGGAGCUGAUAAUGCAGAAGCCAUUAUUACAAGAAUUGAACACAAAACCCGCAAGAUCGAAAGCUUACUCAAACAGUAUAAAACUGUGGAAGCCCUUAAAACUGCACUUGAAGGAACCUAUGCCAUGACUAGUGAUGAGCGUUGCAAGUCGGCGCAUUGGAUUGCUGUGCAUAGAGCAAUAAUGGCUAUAAAAGAUGUGGAUGGAAUGCUUUCUUCCUUGGAUCCUGAAUACUAUGAUAUUCUAAUGAAGUAUUUAUAUAGAGGCUUAUCUACCGGAGAUCGUCCAACGUGUGAUCAAUGUCUCCGAAUUCAUGAAAAGUUGACAGAGAGAGCUGGCCAUGGUUGUAUUCUACGUUUCUUGACUGAUACUGUAAAUACAGUUUGAUUUCUUCGCAAUUUGUUGUUCUUUUUGAGUUAUCUUUUAUAUGUUUGCUUCACCAGAACAAUCAAUGUUUCGAGAUAUCCAGAAAAUAUUUUUAUUGGAACUGUUUGGUUUCAUAUUCAGUGGAACCAUAAUUGAUUUUACUAUCUGUCAAAAA